AUGUCGAGUUUUUCUGGUAUAAUAAAUUCAUAUUAUUCAAUCGAUGAUAUUCCUGAUAAUGAUCGUAUUAUUAUCAUUAAUAAUAAACAAAAGAGAAAUUUAUUUAAACGAAUUAUAUUGAUACUUGCUAUUAGUGUAUUAUGUAUUUUUAUGUUAAUGAUAAUAACUACGACAGUGACUAUAACAUUCAAAAAGAAAUCAAUCAAUUUCAAUUAUCAAAAUUCAUCAUUGACUGAAAACAAAAUAAUUUUAAAUAUAUCAAAACCUUUAGAACAGAAUAAUAUAGCAUCGAAUAAAACUAAAACUAUUUUGGAAACAUCAACACCUUCAAAACAUAAUAAUUCACUCAAUCGUCAAUUAUCGACUAAUCCACAUUAUAAUCAAAAUGGUAACAUUGUUGCAGGAGUUUUUUCAACACCAAAUGAUGAAUUAAAUAAGCUUCAAUCACCAGCAUCAGUUUAUCUUGAUCGCGAACGAAACAUUUAUGUUGCUGAUACAGCCAAUCAUCGAAUUCGAAAAUAUUUUCCUGGAAAAUCCGCUGAAGGUUUAACACUCAUUGAUAAAACAUGGAAUAUUAAUUCUCCCCGUUGUUUAUAUAUUGAUCAAGAAUCCAAUCAUUUAUUUUUUCUUGAUCGAGAUAAUCAAGAAAAUUAUCGUGUACAAUUACUUAAAUUGAAUUCAAAUAAAUUAAAGUUAACAAUUCUUAUCAUUGGAAAACAAACACGAUCAUAUGGUAUGACUUUAGAUCAAAAUUUGAAUAUUUAUAUAUCGGAAUUCAAUUAUCAUCGAAUAGUAAAAUGGUUAUCACCGAAUUAUGAUCGAUAUGUAAUUAUAGGUGAAAAUAAUAAAAAAACUUUAUCUUUUCCAAGAAGUAUUUAUAUUGAUGAAGUAACAAAUAAUUUAUAUAUUGCUGAUAGAAAUCGAAUUCAACGUUGGUCAACUAAUUCAAAUGAAAGUGAAAUUGUUAUGCAAGGUGGAUCAUUAUGUCCGAAUGGAAUUGAAUAUGAUUCUCAUGGAAAUCUUUAUAUAUCUCAAGAUAAAACAAUUAAGUUAAUUAAUAAUACAACAGAUUUGGAAGGAAUUGAUAUUAUUGGUAUACAAGAUUAUCCUAAUAUGGAUGCGAAUUUUGAAACAACUGCUAAUUUAUAUACUCCAGAAGGAAUUUAUCUUGAUAAAACAAAUGGAGAUUUCUAUGUAGCUGAUUCAGAUUUCAAUCGAAUAAUAAAAUUUACUAUUAUAGAUUAA